AUGGACGCCGCCACCCUCUUGACGAACGCUCUCUCAGAAGACGCGAACACCCGUAACACCGCUCAGCAGCAGCUUGAGGCCGCCGAGCGCGACAACUUCCCCGCCUACCUGCACACCCUCGCCAACGAACUUGCCAACGAGCAGGCCCAGCCGCAUAUCCGUAAUGCUGCCGGUCUCGCUUUCAAGAACGCUCUGUCGGCUCGUGACGUCGUCAACCAGCCUGCUCUGAGCGACCGUUGGAUGGCACUUCCUGAAGAUGUUCGCACACCACUCAAGCACACUCUUCUGCAGACCCUUGGCUCCCCCGUCCACAAGGCUGCUUUCGUUUCCGCCCAGGGCGUCGCCGCCGUUGCCGCCAUCGAGCUUCCCCGGGGACAGUGGCCCGAGCUCAUCGGCCAGCUCCUCGAGUUUGUCGGAAAUCAGGAGAACACCGGUCUCCGUAUCGCCACCCUCCAGGCUGUUGGAUACGUUUGCGAGGUUAUCCAGCCUCAGUACCUGUCUGCCCGCUCAAACGAGAUCCUCACCGCCGUUGUCCAGGGUGCCCGCAAGGAGGAGCCCAGCACCGAUGUCCAGGCCGCCGCUAUCCACGCCCUCUACAACUCGCUCGAGUUCAUCCGUGACAACUUUGAGCGUGAGGGAGAGCGCAACUACAUCAUGCAGGUCGUCUGCGAGGCUACCCAGAGCCCGUCGUCCACCGUCCAGGUCGGCGCUUUCGAGUGUCUUGUCCGCAUCAUGAGCUUGUACUACGAGCACAUGGAGUUCUACAUGGAGCGUGCUCUCUUCGGAAACCCGGAGGAGCCCGUCGCUCUCCAGGCCAUCGAGUUCUGGUCGACUGUCUGCGAGGAGGAGAUCGAGAUCGCUAUUGAGGCGCAGGAGGCCCUCCAGUACGGCGAGGAGCCCGCCCUCGAGUCCAAGCACUUUGCCAAGGCUGCUCUUCCCGAGAUCCUUCCCGUUCUUCUCGAGCUCCUCACCCAGCAGGAUGAGGACGCUGACGAGGACGAGUGGACCAAGUCCAUGGCCGCCGCCGCCUGUCUUGAGCUCCUCGCCCGCAACGUCGGUGACGCUAUCGUUCAGCCCGUCGUUCCCUUCGUUGAGGCCGGUAUCCGCCGCCCCGACUGGCAGGGUCGUGAGGCCGCUGUUAUGGCCUUCGGCUCCAUCCUCGACGGCCCCAGCUCGCAGACUCUCGCUCCCCUCGUCAGCCAGGCUCUCAGCACCCUCAUCGGCAUGCUCCAGGGUGACUCUGACCUUCACGUUCGUGACUCGGUUGCCUGGACGCUCUCGCGCAUCACCGAGCUCAUGCUCGACGUCGUUGACCCCAGCAUGCACCUCCAGAACCUCGUCACUGCCCUCGUUCUUGGUCUCCAGGGCACUCCCCGCAUCAUCAACUCGUGCUGCGCUGCUCUUAGCAACCUCGUCACCCACCUUCUGCCGGACGCCGACAUUGUCUCCGAGGACGCUCCCCCCACCUCGCCCAUGUCGCCGUACUACGAGGGUAUCUUCAAGGCCCUCAUGCCCGUUUCGGAGCGCCCGAACAAUGAUAACAACUGCCGUGCCGCGGCCUACCAGACCAUGGCUACGUACAUCACUUGCUCCGCCGCCGACACCCUCCCUAUCGUGGACCAGGUCGCUGCCGCCAUGCUCGCUCGCCAGGAGUCCCUCAUCGGCAUGGAGAACCAGCUCGUUGGCAUGGACGACCGCCAGAACUGGAACGACAUGCAGAUCUCCAUCUGCGCUCUCCUGCAGUCGUUCAUCCACAAGUCGCCGGCUCUCGUCAUGCCCUACGCUGACCGCCUGAUGACCAACCUCCUCACUAUCCUUUCGUCCUCUGGCAAGCACGCCGGUGUUCUUGAGGACGUUCUCGCCACUGUUGGUGCCGUCUCUGGUGCCCUCGAGGGCGGUUUCGUCAAGUACAUGGAGGCCUUCUCGCCCUUCCUGUUCCAGGCUCUCGGCUCGUACGACGACUACCAGGUCGCCCAGGCCGCUGUCUACUGCGUCUCCGACAUCUCGCGUGCCAUCGGAGAGCAGCUCACGCCGUUCGCCGAGCGCAUCAUGGUCGCUCUCAUUGACAUUCUCCGCUCCCCCGCUAUCCAGCGACAGGUCAAGCCUACCGCCAUUACCGCCAUCGGAGAGGUUGCCCUCGCUAUCGGCCCUGCGUUCGUCCCGUACCUCGAGACCACGAUGGGCAUUCUCAGCCAGGCGGGUUCGACGGCGGCCUCGACUACCGAUCUUGCGCUCAACGAGUUCGUUUGGACCAUGCGCGAGGCCAUCGUCGACGCCUUCAUUGGCAUCAUGAACGGCCUCAAGGCUGGCGACCCCACGCCCUUCCUGCAGUACGUUCCGGGCAUCCUCGGCUUCCUCCGCACGUGCCUUGCGGAGGAGGACCGCACCGAGGAGUUCGUCGGCGCUGCUCUCGGUCUCAUCGGUGACUUCGGUGACACCUACAAGCAGGCUGUUCGCGACGACAUCUGUCAGGAGUGGGUCCAGCAGGCCAUCUCGAUCGGCCGCCAGCGUGGUGCCUCGAGGUCAUCUCGCACCAACGCCGCCUACGCCCAGAAGGCCAUCAAGGAGCUUUCCAAGUAA